GCCAAACAGCUGUUAUCGUGCUUGUUAUCAGCUGUAUUGGCCAAGUUAUUUGUGUCAACAACUUGUCAAAACUGAGAAAAAUUAAAACGUUUUGAACAAUAGUUAAUUUACUUGUCUUUCUAAAUUUGUUGACCAAAUUGUUGCUGUAUUCAGCGCUUGCUCCUUGUUUCUAACGAAAUUCAUUGCACAUUGCAUACAACUAAAUGCAGCGUACAGGGACAAACAACACUUCAGAUUGCUGUUAAAUAAUCGUUUGUGGAAAGAGCAGAUGCAAGCAAAAAAAAAUGUAUGUAAUAGAAAGUUAAAACAUUUUGUAUACGGAGGCGUAUACUCGAUUCAAGAAGAGCUUGUUGGCAGAAAAAGUAUAAUCUGAAACGGCAGAUACAUUGCACAUCAACGAAACUCAGUUGUGAUAAAAAUUGUAAAUAGUUGGAAAUCUUAAUUCCUAAAAAGCACAUUAAAAUGACAAAUAUCGGUAAUAUGCUACACUGUGUGUCCAAACAAAUUAAACGUUCGGAACGGGAUGCUGCUAUUAGUUCCUUUUUAGCGACCGCCACUGAAACUGAAAAUGUCAAACCAGAUCACUGUGCUAUUAAGCGUGUAGAGAAAUUGGAAAAGGACGUUUUUGCGUUGUUCGCGCAAGUUUUGCACCUGUAUCGCGCCGAAGAGUUGAUGGUAUCUUUCAAUGGUGGCAAGGACUGCACAGUUUUACUAGACUUAGUUCAUUCCUACUUUAAGCGCAACAAAUGUAUCAGUCAUAUACGACUGCCUGUAUUGUAUAUCGAGGCAGAGGAUGGAUUCGAAGAAGUUGAAGCGGUGGUGCUCGAUUGUGAACGACGGUAUAAUAUAAAUCUUAUAAGGCGUAAGGGUUGUAUAAAAGAGGCACUGACACAGAUACUACAGGAGAUGCCCGAAAUACGUGCCGUUUUAAUGGGCACCAGACGCACAGAUCCAUUUUGUGAAAAUCUCAAUACUAUGCAGGUGACCGACUUGGAUUGGCCCAGUUUGAUGCGCAUUAACCCGCUACUCGAUUGGAGUUACAGAGAUAUUUGGUAUUAUACUUUCGUGCGACAAGUACCGUACUGCCGAUUGUAUGAGAAUGGCUAUACAUCGCUGGGUCAAAAGUAUAAUACACAACCAAAUCCACAUUUACGCUUAUUCGAUCCUAUCACGAAGGCUGUUACCUAUAAGCAUGCGGCUGAAUUGGAAGAUUCGAAAUAUGAACGCGCUGGCCGAGUGCGAAAAGAUUAUGUAGUGGAUUGUGUAAAUGAAGAGGAGGAAGAGAGCAUUGAAGGGGAAACGGCGUAAGAGCAGGAAACGAACGAAAUAAAGAAUCGAAGAAAACUAAAAAAAAAUAUUGAUAAUAGCGAAAUUGAUGUAUUAAAAAGUCGUUGUACUUAUAGUGAUAAAGCAAAACAAAAAACAUACAUUUGUCAGAAUCUUCAGCAUGUGAGCACACCGAAGCAACAGGAAUUUUUGUACAAAAACUAAGGAAAUAGCAUAUAAUUUUCUAUAUACCAAAAGGAGAAUUGCUUUAAGCACUUUUGCGAUGUACUAUUGCAGCUGUAAAAAAAUUGUAAACUAUACAUGCAUAGAUAUGUAUAUAUGUACAUAUAAUAGUGUUAAUUUCAUAAUUGUGUGCCUUCCACUUUGAGAGGCUCGCCGAAGCACGUAUGCAAAAGCAACUUAAAAAUGUCUAAAACUUUGCAGUAUACGUACUUAUAAUGUAAAUUAUUACUUAAAAUACUUAUCGAAUAAUUGCUUUGUAAAUAGAUAUUGAUUUAAUAACAUCAGGUGCUAAAAAUACAAAUAAAAUAAAAAUUAGUUUCUGAAACUAUUA